UUGGUAAACGUUAAGUUAAUGUUAAAAACGUAAAAUAACGACAUUCACCAAAUGUUGAAACUUUUUUCCUUAAUUAAGCAGUUUUAAGUUUUACGGCACACCGUUCAUUUCCAAUACAAAGAUUUUCAUUGGCAAUACUCUUUGCGAAUUAUACAGGGCGCCAAACGUCAAAAUAAAAUGCAAAAAUAUAAUACAAAACACAAAUUUAAUUUACGUAACGUGUAAAAUAAAUAUCCACACCUUAGGUAUCGCCAAAAAUGAAUUCCUCGUGGCGAAGUGCUUUACCCAUUUUAAGACAGUUUACAAAACAAGAAAUUAGGCUAAUACCCAUACGUUACAUUGUAAAUAACCUAAGUGUUAAAAAACAUUUAACUGCGGUAUCUCCUGUUAAUGUUAGUUAUAAUGUUUUUCGUAAUAAAUCAAAAAAGCAGACUAACGUAGAUUCGGAUGAUGAACAAGAGGUGUUUGAUGAAGAUGAUGUAUCAUUGUCUAGGGACUCAAAACUUGUUAAAUUUAAAACAACUUCACUAAGAACAGAUGUUGUGAUCAAAUCUGCUCUUGGAGUGUCUAGAAAUAAAGUAGAGCAAGUUUUCUAUGAAAGUAAAAUAAGAGUAAAUGGGAAGAAAAUAAUGAAAAAGAGUCAUAUGGUAAAAGUAGGAAGUGAAAUAGAUGUAAUAAAAAGUGUCAGUCCUCACAACCCUGAUCAUUUAUAUGUGGCUCGUAUUGAAGUGCUAAAUAUUGUUCCUAAAGAAGAAGAUAUAGCCAUAACUGUACGGAGAUUUAAAAAUUUACUUAUAGAGAAUUAUGAAGAUGAUCCCUACAAAAGUUCAGGAGUUAAUGAUUCUUGAAUAUAGAUAAAAGGAAGAAUUUUUAAAACAUAUUAUAUGAUUAAUAUUAG